UUUCUCAGCACUUUUCUCCAAGAUUGAUACGGUGCAACUGUCAAAGGAGGUGUCCACCAUGUUGUCACUAGAGCACACCAACGUCAUGUCUCUGACGAGGAGUGUGUGUGACUAACCGUCCGCUGCUGAUCAUGCCAUUCAUGACCAAUGGAUCUGUUCUGGAGUUUGUGAGACACCACAAAGAUUCACUCCUUUGCAUUUCAGAGGAAUCAAAGGUCGAUUUAUCCAGGAAGAAGUUGUUGAAAAUCUGUCACCAGAUUUCGAAGGGUAUGGAGUAUCUGGCACUGCAGAGUCUUGUUCAUCGUGACCUGGCAGCAAGGAACUGCAUGAUUGACCAGAGUGGAGUGAUCAAAGUGGCUGAUUUUGGACUCACAGAGGACAUGUAUGGUGCCAAAUACUUGCCGUCAGCAGGAGAGGAGAGAGGGUGAAGAUGAGGAGAAGGUGCCCAUCAAGUGGAUGGCUCCUGAGAGUCUGGAAGACAACAUCUACAAUGAGGCCACGGACGUGUGGUCAUUUGGAGUGACAGUGUGGGAGGUGUUCACCUGUGGGGGGAUCCCAUACAUUGAUAUCCCGUCAUGUACCAUCUGGACGCUAUAAAAGAUGGACUGGUGAUGGAGAUACCUCAAAACGAGGCCUGUUCAGAU